AUGGGUAGGUGUGUGAGAAGGGAUGUGGCCGAGUGUUCCCGGGUUAUAUCGGAGACUAGAUCGAGUGAUACGGUUGCUGAUUUUGGUCUUGCAGGGAUAGUUGCUCUGUCAGAGCAGGAGGAUGUGCAUAUAGGGGAUGGGAUGAUGAUCGAUUCGGAUUGUGAGGAUGAAUGUGUGAUCACGGGAGUGAGGACGGUGGAGCAGGAGCUGGCUCUGAAGGGACAUGAGAUCGUGAUGGUCCAUGUCUAUGUGAGUGUUCCCACGAGCAGUUCUGCCACACCAUCCUUUGCACUUAACCCGUAUUCAUCGAUAUCCUAUGAGUCAGAUCCGGAUGAGGAUGAGGAUCCACCGGUUUCUCCAUACGUUCCGGAGGCUAUCGAUCACUCUCCCGAUAGCCCUUUUGCACUGUUAUGGGAGGGCAUGUCCCCCAUACUUUGUUUCACGGCUGAAAUGAGGGCUGACGCUAUUCUGACAUUUGACGGGGGCUCCACAUCGGGUAUCCAGAUACCGUUCUGCUUCAUCUUUGGUGAGGAUGUUUAUUACCCGAGGACUAUUCCUGCACCGACUAGUACUUCCCCAUCUCACGUAGCAGGACCAUCAUCCCCACCGAUUCCCGACACGGAGGAGGAUCUUUUUCUAGGCUGUACAUGUUCGAGGUGUAGCUUAGGCGACGACUACAAGGGAGCCAAUAGUAACCUUCGGUUACAUUGUGAUAUCUUUUUGAUGAUAUCUAUAGGCUUGAAUAAGCAGGUGUGUACGAUAGUCAAAAUCACCUCCUUUCCCCUUAGGGCUGUUAACUAAUGUUAUGUUACAUUAUGUUUAUACUAAUAUCCUUUUGUGU